AUGGAUUCUUCAAUCGAGAACAAGGUUAACCGCGCUCCCGCCGCCAAGGUCGGAGGUAUGCGUGUCGCUGCCCCAGAUCACCCCGUCCCCGUCGUCCGCAAGGAAUUCGAACGCAAGCCCGCCAACACCGAGGAGAACAACGAGAACGAGAACGAGGACGAGCGCGAGCUCGAGAAGACCGAUCAGUUCGAGUACGAGAAGCAGACCCGUCUGGCUGCUGCUGAGCGUCUUGCCAGGAUGCAGGAGAACCAGCCCAAGAACGAGAUCAACAACACUUUCCGCCAGAAGGAGAACAUCCACGUCGGUCAGCCCAUCCUCCAUAACCACUCCAAGUCUGGUGCCGCUGCCCAGCACUAA